AGGUAAAUCAGCAAAAUGUCUGAAGACUUGUUACAAUUCAAAGACUACAGUAAUACACCCAGCACUAGUAGUCCACCAGCCCAAAUAAAUGUCAAUUCUCCAACACAUUCAUCCGGCUCUGGACAGAGUGGUCGUCAACGUGGAGAUCCAUUGUCCGAUUUAAUUUACGACAUGAGUAAUUCGGCAAAUAUACUAUCCGGUGGCAUGUCAUCGAGUGGCGGAGGAGGUGGUGGCGGAAAAGCUACAGGCUUGCCUGAACCUGCUACAGCAACACCGAGCAAAACAUCUUUCCUAACAAUUGAAUAUUAUCAAAAAUUCUUUGAUGUCGAUACAUAUAUGGUAUUGGAACGCAUAGCCAAUUCGAUGAUACCCAAAAGAGCACCAAGUAACUAUCUUAAAUCACAUAUUGGUCUAAAUCCCGAUUUGUAUGGACCAUUUUGGAUAACAACGACAUUGAUUUUCAGUAUUGCCAUCAGUGGUAAUAUAGCCAAUUAUCUGCAGCACCAAAGCGAUAACUAUCAAUGGCGUUACAAUUUCCAUUUGGUAUCUUAUGCAGCCACCUGUAUAUUUAUUUAUGUGAAUUUCUUGCCUGGUGCUUUAUGGGCUGUGUUCAAGUACAGCCUAAAGCCAUUGCAGGAGGGACUUGAAACGGAAAAUGCUGAUUAUACACCAUCCCUUCUAAGUUUAAUGUGCGUUUAUGGCUACUCUUUGGCCAUCUACAUUCCUGUUUCCAUUCUAUGGGUUAUUCAGCUUUCCAUACUUCAGUGGCUACUGGUAAUAACUGCUGCAUUGUUGUCCGGUUCAGUUUUAAUUGCUGUUCUUACACCAGCUUUGAGAAAUUCUAAAUAUUCCCUAUUUCUAAUAAUUGGCAUACUCGGUGCCCAUUUCCUAUUGGCCGCCGGUUUUAUGUUAUAUUUCUUCCAUGUUCCCAGUAAUGGAGCCGCUGCCGUACAUUCCACCAUGGAAGCCCUUAAACAACCUGUUGUGGCGACCACAAAAGCUGUUAUAGGCAACAUAACCAAAAUGUAA